GAAGGGGGAAGGCCUAUUCUAGGAGACUACAGGUAACAACCACUUUGGAAUGUAUGACCCUUGGUUGGCUCCUGGGCUGGAAUCAAUACAGAAUAAAAGAUAGUUUGAGAAGAGUUGAGGAAAUCGGAAUAUGAAUUAUUAACUUGCUUAGGUGUGAUGAAUGGUAUUACGGUUAUGCAGAAGAUCCUUAUUUGAAGUAUUUAGGGAUGAUGUAUCAUGAUGUCUGCAACUUUGAAAUGGUUCAAAAAAUACAUAGAUAAAUGAAGCAAAUAUGGCAGGUGUUGACAAUCAUUGAAUAAGGUGGUGGUUAUAUGGGUGUUCAAUCUUGAUGAUAAAAAGUGGGGAAAAAAUAUAAGGACAACAAUUCAUUUGCCUUAAUUCCUAGUUCAUAUUUCUGGUACUUCAAAUGCAGUCAGUAUUGGAAGUCUAGCAACCCGCCAGUGUGUUAUGCUUAACCCGUUAGCAGAUAGGGAAAAAAAUGAAUCAGAUAUUUUCUACCCAUGUAUUCAUACUAAUAUCCAAUUGAGGGAGAUAAUUAUAUAAAUAAAUAAAACAGGUAUCUGAGAUGGAUAUCCAAGUAGAGAUAAAAACGAACUUUGGAAGAGUUUAGGGAAGAGGAUGCUUUCUUCACAUUAAGAGUGUUUGAGAAAACUUCACCUGAACCGGUCCAGAAGGAUGUCUCAGUUUUUCACCAAGUAAGAGUUUUGCUCUCUCAGGAUGCUGAUGAGACCCAGGGAGAAAGUUUCGAGGAUCAAAUCACCUCCAGGCCCUCAACAGUGAAAUCUCAGGGACUCUUGACCUUCAAGGACAUAUCGGUGGACUUCACCCAGGAGGAGUGGGGGCAACUGGCCCCUGCUCACCGGAAUCUGUACCGGGAGGUGAUGCUGGAGAACUAUGGGAACCUGGUCUCAGUGGGAUAUCAGCUCUCCAAACCUGGUGUGAUUUCCCAGCUGGAGAAGGGAGAAGAGCCAUGGCAGAUCGAGAGAGAGAUAUCAGGAAGUCCAAGUUCAGACUUGGAGAAUAAAACAGAAACCAGGGAGUCAGCCUUAAAGAAUUAUAUUUCAUGGGAAGGAUUACACCAUGGCCUAAUGAAGGAACAGUCCACGAGAGGAAGCACCUUAUAUUCAACACUGGGAAGAGUCUCCAAAUGUGAUAAGUUAGAAAGCCACCAGGAAAACCAAGGAAUGGGUGAUGGGAAAAUCCCCUUGACCCACAAGAAAACACUCACUCAGGAGAGAGGCCGAGAAUCUAACAGAUUUGAGAAAAGUAUUAAUGUGAGCUCAAAAGUUAUUCCCAGACCAGAAGGUCCUCCAAGAAUAAAAGACCAUAAGUAUGAUAUAUCUAGAAAGAGAAGUAGAUAUAAUUUAGAUUUGAUCAAUCAUUCAAGGAAUUAUACAAGAAUGAAAACCUUUGAAUGUAAUAUUUGUGAAAAAAUCUUCAAACAGCUCAUUCACCUUACAGAACACAUGAGAAUUCAUACUGGAGAGAAACCUUUCCGAUGUAAAGAAUGUGGAAAAGCCUUUAGCCAAAGUUCAUCCCUUAUUCCACAUCAGAGAAUCCAUACUGGUGAGAAACCCUAUGAAUGUAAGGAAUGUGGGAAAACCUUCAGACAUCCAUCAUCUCUUACUCAACAUGUUAGAAUCCACACUGGGGAGAAGCCCUAUGAAUGUGGCGUAUGUGAGAAAGCAUUCAGCCAGAGCAUUGGGCUGAUUCAGCAUCUGAGAACUCAUGUUAGAGAGAAACCUUUCACCUGCAAAGACUGUGGAAAAGCAUUUUUCCAGAUUAGACACCUUAGGCAACAUGAAAUUAUUCAUACGGGUGUGAAACCCUACAUUUGUAAUGUAUGCAGUAAAACCUUCAGCCAUAGCACGUACCUAACUCAACACCAGAGAACUCAUACUGGGGAAAGACCCUAUAAAUGUAAGGAAUGUGCGAAAGCCUUUAGCCAGAGAAUUCAUCUUUCUAUUCAUCAGAGAGUCCACACAGGAGUGAAACCUUAUAAAUGCAGUCAUUGUGGGAAAGCCUUCAGGCAUGAUUCAUCCUUUGCUAAACAUCAGAGAAUUCAUACUGGAGAAAAACCUUACGACUGUAAUGAAUGUGGAAAAGCCUUCAGCUGUAGUUCAUCACUUAUUAGACAUUGCAAAACACAUUUAAGAAAUACCUUCAGCAGUGAUAUGUGAUAUAUGUUCAACAUCAAAGAAUCCUCAUAAUGGAACAAAAGCCUCUAAAUCAGGUUUUCUGACUUUUGGAUUUUAGGAAGCAAUGAUUUUCUCUAAGGAUUUGACCCAAUUUACAACUUUCAGUUUUGCUAUGUUAAAGAAACUAACAUUGAUACAGAAAAGAAAGGGCAUUUUAAUAUUUUUAAAUAUAGGAAGGAUGUAAUCAUUAGGAAUAACACCCUUAACAAUGAAUUAAGUUAACUAUGAAAAUCUCCCAAAUUUGUCUUUAUUUUUCUCAUUUCAUUAUGGGCCAGUGAAAAGUUCAUUAUGGCAAUUACUGAUACUUGGAUUGGCUUUUGAGAAUCACUGUUUUAAAUAGUUCUUAAAUAAUCAGAAUAAAAUAUGAAGUAUAAUUUUUUUUAAGAUUUUAUUUU